GAGGGUGUUGAACUCCAUUUAAAAGGUCCGUGUCCGUGGUCUCCUCUCAAAUCCCUUUCUUCCAACCCUCUCGAUCCACACAAAUCUUCAUACAACUUUGCCACCAUGCCGGGACUCUGCGAAUGCAUGAAAUUGAUGGGGGAUAUCUUUGACAAAUACGCUGGAAAAGACGGAAAGCCCCAAAUGUCAAAGGCAGAACUUGCUGAACUGCUCCGUAGUGAGUUCCCUGAGGCAGGCAACAACAAAGCUGUAGUGGACAGUUUCUUCUCCAUGCUGGAUGACGACGGUGAUGGCGUUGUUGACUUCAAGGAGUUUAUGGCUCUUGUGACAGCCCUCACUGUGAUGACCAAAAAAUAAUCACCAUGGCCACAUUUCCCCAGAAGUGUUCCGACUUGAACCGGCAACACAGUCACAUUUAUAAAACACACAUCAUCAUAUGUUCUGAGAAGGAAAAGUUGGUCAAACACUCAUUAUAUAUAGAUUCUGUAGUUUAUUAUGGAGAGUCGAUUUGAAUGUGUUGUGUAUAUCACUGAUGAAUGACACCAGUGACCAAAAAAUUCAUGAAAUAAAUGAUGUAACACUUUU